GUGCUCUCGUUCUGCCGCUUUACAGCAGAGGGGGGCAAUGAAAGGAGUGACGCCGCAGGAUAAACAAAACGGAGGCGGAGGUGCAGGCAGCAGCAGCAGGAGCAGACAGAAUCCGGACAUUUUACUAAAAUAUCUCGAAGAAUGCAGUCUUCUAGGAGGAGUGAGAGUGACUGGCAGGGGCUGGUCAGCGAGUUCCUGGUGUGUAAACGCAAACUGGAGAGUAAGAAAGAGGCGCUGCUCAUCCUGUCCAAAGAGCUGGAUACCUGUCAGCAGGAACGGGACCAGUACAAACUGAUGGCCAACCAGCUACGAGAGCGCCACCAGGGGCUCAAGAAGAAGUACAGGGAACUCAUUGAUGGUGACCCCUCUCUACCGCCAGAAAAACGCAAUCAAGUGAACCUGGCUCAGCUGCUGAGGGACUCGAGGGAACGAGCGAAGCAGCUUGCUGAGGAGGUGAAGGAGCUCACUCAGAGGCUUGCAGAGGCCCAGGGAGAUAACAAGCUCCUGAGGAUGACCAUUACUCGUCAGAGGCUGGGGGAUGAGGAGGUCGGAGUGCGCCACUUCCCUGCACACGAGCGUGAGGAUUUGGUUUGCCAGCUAGAGAGAGCAGGGCUACAGAUGGAAGAGAUGGAGCACAACAUGAAGGCCCUGACAGACGAGCUGCAGGACGUGAAGGCGGAGCGCGGCGUGUUCAGGGAGAAGGCCGACCGGCUGAACGUGGAGCUGAACCACAUUUUGGGGAACCGUGAGGCUCGCAUCAUUGAUGUGGACGCCCUUUGCAUGGAAAAUAGGUAUUUGCAUGACCGUUUCAGCCAACUGCAAGAGGAGGUGAACCUGCUGAAAUCAAACAUAAUGAAGUACAAGACGGCCCUUGAGCGGAGGAAAAACUCGAGCACAUAUGGGAAAUCAAACAACAGUCCCCUCACUGGUGUCCUCUCUGCCAAACAAGUGCAGGAGAUGCUCCUAGAGGAGCAGGGCUGCAGCCUGCCGGCCACGCCUCAGUCCAUCUCCGACCUCAAGUCCUUGGCCACUGCUCUGCUGGAGACCAUCCACGAGAAGAAUCUGGUCAUCCAGCACCAGAGACACACCAACAGGAUUCUGGGAAACAGAGUUGCAGAUUUGGAAAGAAAGCUGAAGACCUUGGAGGUUUCAGGAUUAUGGAGUCUUCCGGGCUUGACCUACCACGUAUCCGUGGGAAUUGGGAGGACAAGAGACAGCAUCGCGCUGAAUGAAAACCUUCAACCUGAGCUUCAUCCGACACGUGUCACAUCUCAGCUGAACUUGCAUCCCAAAGUGCAGCCCCCAAAAGUUCUGUCAGAUGACAGAAGUUCACAUGAAUCAUCUUGGGAAUGCCACACCGCUGGCACCGACCUUGGCACAGAUGGCGUCAGCAGGGAAGACACACCUGCACUGCUCAACAGUCUGGAACCUCUUGAGGGGGUGGAGACAAAUGGGAUUGACAGGAGAGGGGGAGAAAUGGUGACCCUGAUGGAGGAUCCGGUCGCCGCCGAGCUGGAGGAGGGGCGGAGUCCGGUGGAAGAGGCAGGGCACGAGGUGGAAGGAGUCGAAGAUGAAGAGCUGGGCUCCACGGUGGAGGAAGGAGAGGAGGCGGCGCUGGCACUGGAUGCCCCGCCCACUGAAUCAGACCUUCAUUGGCUGUCGAUUGAAAAAGCCACUGUCAAUCAUGCAGAGGUUGGUCAUUGGCCCUGUGAAUCCCAGGACAAUGGGUCUGAUGAUGUACCUGAGCAUGAAGAAGGCUCAGUAUCAAUUCCAGAGAGCCAGGCCGCAGAGGUGUCGAGUACAGGCGAGUGGGACAUUCACUGUUUAUCUGCACAGACUGACACCCGUCCAGAUGACAACUUGGCAUGAUCUACGCCCCUCGAAGAUUUUAAAAGCUUGUCAUUGUUUCUGAUGAUUGCAUUAAUCAUCCCUUGCUCCAUUCCCACAACACAACCACUGCUCACGAGCUCCCUUCUCCAGUGAGCAGCUCUGCUUGAGUCAGUAAAACUGAGACAAAACAACCAUAAUAUCCAAGAUAUACAUUGUAUCUAGGCAAGCUUGAACAAGCAAAAUCUUUGAAAUCAAUGGAGCUGUAAACUUCAUACCCUACAGGAAAAAUUUAGCUAGGAAAACAACAAAUACGGCAGCAUCAUCCCUUGUGCCCCAUAUUCUCCUCUGCCUUUCCCCUGCGAUAAGAUAAUCCCAGUUGUUUGCUCUCUUACUCUUCCUAAGGGAUGCCACUGCACUGAAUGCUGCAUUUUUUGUGACUCUGAAAGGCAUUCCAAAUCGGCGCACAAAAACUUGUAAUGAAUGUGUUGUACAUACUUGUGAAUUAACAAUCUUAAUAUUAGAGGUUCUAUUGAUGUCUAUUCAUCUAUUUGGGUGAGUCUUACUAAUCUGUCAAUUUAUAUUGUUUCCUUAUUUAACAGUUGAUAUUUUUCUGGGACUACAUGUGCCUUAUAUGUGGAAAUGCACACUGAUAUUUAUAAAUAUAAAUGCAUAAACUUACA